AUGUCGCGUGACAAGCGCAUCCUCGACGGCGCCCCGGACGACGCUGCCGGCGAACCGUCGCCCAAAAGAGCUCGCGAAGACACGGAAUCACCUCGUGAAAACGACCAAGCGCUGGGAUCUAACAGCGUCGAUACAGUUAGUGCUCCCCGUGUCCACGUCCCCAAGACUAAGUACGCUAUAGCCUUCGGGUUAGUGCCAAUUGUGAUACAAUCUGGCCCGGGCUCAGAGCACGUGAACACGGUGGAAGGCUGCAUGCUGGAUGCGCUAUUCGCAGCCGGCGCCAUUCAUGAGUCUCACCGCAGCCUUAUUGCAAAGCUUCAACUAUCCAAGGCCUCAAGAACCGACAAGGGUGUGCACGCCGCUUGCACGUAUAUAGGCGGCCGAUUCGAGUUAUCCCACCUUUCUUCCGGCGAACCUGACGUUUCCAGGGAGAACGCACUGGUGUCCAAGCUGAACGAGCUCCUUCCCGGCGACAUCAGGUGCUUCCAAGUGUUGAGGGUCACGCGCGGCUUUUGUGCACGGUACGAGUACGUCUUCCCCGAGUGGCUGUUGCGCAAGCGUUACGUGCUUGACGACGAGUCUAAACGUGAGCUGUUCUCGAAACUGUCCGAGCAAAUGGGCGGGAAUUUGCAAUCUCACGACCACAUAAGCUGCCCCCGUAUCGGCCGUGGCCCGAGCAAUGGAUAUGACGGCACGACUGAGGAUCGCGAACUGGACUUGGCUUCGCUGGAGUCGAUUUUGCAAGCCUUCUGCGGUUCCCACGACUUCAGGAACUUCACGCCGAAGCAGAAGGGCAUGGAAAACACAACUCAGCGCUUCAUUCACGAGUUAAAGGCAUGUGGAGCGCCGCACCGUUUCCGGUACCGAUGUUGUGAUCGUGACGGUGACGGGGCAGUCCUUUUUGUACAACCAGAUUCGCAAGAUGAUAAGUCUGGCGUACGAAGUUGCGCAAUUCCGUUCACGCUCUCCAAGCGCCACGUCGUACAGACUGCGCUGGCACCUGCCGAAGGGCUGUUCCUCCACCAUCCUUCCUUCGACGCGUAUAACAAGCGGUGCGCGCCUCCUCAGACGCCUUUCAUCGAGUACGAAGACGUGGAGGCUCAGGUGGAAGAGUUCAAGCAAGCUCGGUUGUACCCCGAGAUCGUGUCUAGUUUCGAGGGCGAUGUGUGGAGCACGUGGCUCACUAGGCUGGUGCGCAACCCAUUCUUCCUGGAAAACUGCGACUUCCGUGUGUCUGGGGAGCAGCCCACAGGCGCGAAGGGUACUGCCGCUCCCGGCGCCGCCGCAGCGCCUGACCCAGCGGCAGGCGAGGAAGCCUAA